UUGCUCGAUAACAUCAGUCAGUUGUAGUCACUUUCGAACCCAUCUCAUACCAAAAGAUACCCAACAUCCAAACCACCAACACCUCAUCCAGUGAAAACACCCCCAUCUUAUAGACAUUAUUGCAGAAUACCACAUCAUAUUGUACAAAUACAAGUUGCUCCUCGUUUUUUAAGUUUUAUAAUCCUUGUAUCAGUAUCAAGCCAGUCACUUUGUACAACAUCCUGCAGUAAACUGGAUAGGAGCAACACGGCCUAUCUACCCUGCAUUUUCAAAAGCAUUAUACAAAUUUCAUUUUAAGCAUCUACCCAACAUGGCCGAAGUAGCACAGUCCGUAACGUCCUCUCCUUGGGAGAAGACAACCAAGGACAACGGCGCCAACAACAACAAAGACCAGGAAGAAUACUUCCGCGAGAUCAAGGCUAGCGACAAGUCACAGGCUCAGAGCGAAAUCGGCAGCAAAAAAGAUGCCGCCUCAGAGGUCGCUGACGAGACCAAGAAGGAUCUGCCUACUGAUGACGACGACCAAGUGCCGGCCGAGGAGCUGACCCCCGAGGAUGCCGUCGACUCGCGCAGCAGGGUCGAUAGCAAGGUCGACAGCAAGGUCGACCCCGAGGGCGAGGCCGAUGGCGACAGCGGUGUCGACAUGGACAAGCACGACCUCGAUGAGGUUGAGCCAGAGCCCAUGAGCGAGACCAGCACUGAGAGAAUUAAGAAGGCCGCCGAGGACGGCAGCAGCAACAACCCGCUCGCAGCCUUGGACGAGGACAAGAGCGCCCUCGGCAAGGUCACCGGCCAGCUUGGUGAUGCCACUGAGCCCGUCACCGAGACCGCUCAGGAGGCGACCAGCAAGGUUGGCGAUGUCGCCAAGGAGGGCGGAAGCAAAGUUGGCGAGGUCACUAGCAAGGUCGGUGAGGCCACCGGCCUGGUCGGAAGCCAGGCCGGCGAGGCCACCAGCCAAGUGGACUCUAAGCUGGGUGAAGGCGAGCAAAAGCUCGGCGAGACCACCGAGGCUGGAGAAGAGAAGCUUGGCGAGACUACCGAGGCCAGCGAGGAAAAGCUUGGUGAGACUACCGAGGCCGGCGAGGAAAAGCUCGGUGAGACUACCGAGGCCGGUGAGGAGAAGCUCGACGAGGCCGGUGAGAAGAUUGAAGAGGCCGGCGAGAAGAUUGAAGAGGAGGCCGACAAGGUCGACUUCUCAAUCCUCAAGGGCGGCAAGGUCAACAAGGGUGGCAAUGUCGUCAACAGCGACGGCAAGGUCAUCGGCCGUAUCAAAGAGGGCGUUAUGGCUCACCUCGUUGGCAAGAGGACCGACGAGGAGGGCGCCAUCUGGAACGACAGUGGUGAGAUCAUUGGUCGGGCCGAGCCGAUCCCCAAGGACGAGCUUGAGACCAUGACCAAGGAGUCCGGCCCGUUCGAGGCCUUCCCCGACGCCACCGUCAACGCCAAGGGUAUGGUCGUCUUCAACGAGGAGGAGAUCGGCAAGGUCAUCGAGGGCGACAUCAAGAAGCUCCGCGGCAUGAAGGUCGACCCCGACGGCGACAUCCUUGACCGCAGCGGAAACGUUGUCGGUAAGGCAGAGCGCUGGGAGCCCGAGCCCGAGCCAGAGGCCGAGCCCGAACCCGAGGUUGACCGUUCCAUCCUGGCUGGUAAGCGUGUCAACAAGGCCGGCAACGUCGUCGACAGCAGCGGCACCAUCUUCGGUCGCGUCGUUGAGGGCGACCCCAAGCGCAUGAUCGGCCGCAUGUGUGACAAGAAGGGUAACAUCCUCAGCGAGAGCGGCGACGUUAUCGGCCGCGCCGAGAUUGUGACUGAGGGCGAGCGUGAGGGUUCCAAGGAGGGCCCCUUUGCUGAGCUCCAGGGCCUUACUGUCCGCAAGGAUGGAAUGGUUAUCACCCCCGGCGGCGAUGUUGUUGGUCACCUGACUAAGGGCGAUGGCAAGACCCUGGCCGGUCGCGGCGUUGACGAGGACGGCGAUGUGUGCGACAAGAACGGAAACGUCCUUGGCCACGCUGAACGCUACGAGGAGCCUGAGGUCGAGAAGAAGAAGAACCCUCUUUCUGGCCGUCGCGUCAACAAGGAGGGUAAUGUCGUCGACGCAGACGGCAACCUCGUGGGCAAGCUCACCAGCGGCAACCUCAGCAUCUGCUCUGGCAAGGAGAUCGAUGACGAUGGAGACGUCGUCGACGGUAAGGGCACCACCAUUGGUCAUGUUUCUCUGCUCGAGGAUAUUCCUCCUGAGCCUGUUGAGGAACAGUCCCCCGAGGACAAGGCCAAGGAGGAGCAGGCCGAGAAGGACAAGGAGCUCGCCAAGAAGAUGAGCAUGCUUAUCGAGGGCGUCUUGGAGAAGGUCAAGCCCAUCUGCGCCAUGAUCAACAGCAAAAUUGAGAAGGCUGAGCGCACUCCCAAGGAUGAGCUUGACGAGGAAGCUCUUGUCAGGGACGUCAGGCCCCUAAUCGAGGAGGGUGGCAAGAUCCUCUCGGAGGCCAACGGCGGCAUCCGUGGCCUCGACCCUGACGGACGCAUCCAGGCCAACGCCAAGCACAAGACCGCAAGCCGUGAAGCUACUCCCGAGGAGUACCACCUGGCUGACAACCUCAAGGAGUUGACCGGUACCGUCACCAAGUGCAUCGACGAUGCCAAGAAGAAGCUUGAGGGUAUGCCUCACGCCAAGAAGGAACUCAACCCACUCUGGGGCCUCCUGAGCGAGCCUCUCUUCCAGAUCUUGGCCGCCGUCGGUCUUCUGCUCAACGGUGUCCUCGGACUUGUUGGUCAAUUGCUCAGUGGUCUUGGUCUGGGCGGUCUUGUCGAUGGUCUACUCGGUGGUCUCGGUAUCAAGAAGAUCCUGGCCGGGUUUGGUCUUGGUUCGUUGACCGAUUCCUUGACUGGACAGAACCAGAAGAAGAAGAGCGGUGGCGGCGGUGGUGGUCUCCUUGGUGGAGUCCUUGGUUAAGCUGUUCAACAUUGAAGUUUCCAAAUUUCAUAUUUUCUUUGUUGGUUGGUAAUUUGUAAUGGCCUUGAAAGGCUUGGAAGGCAACAUCAAAUAUCGGGAUAUAAGUGUUUUCAGUUGAUUUCAUUUGUACCUUCAUAUUUUGGUAGCAAAGUUUUACAGCCUUGAUUUUAGCAAUAUGUUUUUUUCCCUCUUAUGUUUAAUUUGGAUCAGGUUCAAAUUCUCUUUCCCAA